AGAGAGGGAGAUAGAGAGGGAGAGAGAGUGCGCGCGCGCAGGGAGAACAGCGUGUGUACGGUGACCGAGAGCGCACUGGCAGAGCGGCUGAUGAAUGUGAUUUAACCCGCGUCUCCAGGCAACCGGACCAUCAUCCUCCCGUUCAGCACAGCUGUACCGGGACCGUGUUACAGUGAAUAUCCGGUGCACCAUUCCAUCAUUGAGUUCCAGUAUGGACUAGCGGCUUUAUUCACACAGCAGCGGCACGGCGGAGCGUCUGUUUGUCGGUAACAUGCCACAGAAAUCCUAAAAGGAUACCUCGCCGUUCAGUCCGGAUUGUUUUUGUUCUCGUGGAUUAAACUUGUGUCCGGGAUGGGGAAGGAGCAGGAGCUGCUGGAGGCGGCGCGGACCGGGAAUGUGGGGCUGGUGGAGAAGCUGUUGAGUGGGAAGAAAGGAUUGCUGGGCUCGGGCUCCGGCUCCAUACCUCUGCCCGGGUUACUCAGUCUGUGGAGAGGCGUCAGUGUGAACUGUGCUGAUGGCUCAGGAUACACACCUCUGCACCACGCAUCUCUGAACGGACACAGGGACGUGGUGUUAAAGUUGCUGCAGUUUGAAGCCUCUGCUAAUGUGGCAGACAGUAAGGGCUGUUUUCCUCUGCAUCUGGCCGCUUGGAGAGGUGACGUGGACAUAGUCCAGAUACUGAUCCACCACGGGCCGUCCCACAGCAGAGUUAAUGAGCAGAACCAUGAAAAAGAGACGGCUCUGCAUUGUGCGGCUCAGUACGGUCACUCUGAGGUGGUCCGUGUUUUGCUGCAGGAGCUGACGGACCCCAGCAUGAGGAACAGUCGCGGGGAAACGCCGCUGGACCUGGCUGCCCUGUACGGACGCCUGCAAGUGGUCCGCCUGCUACUGACCGCCCACCCCAACCUUAUGAGCUGCAAUACACGCAAGCACACUCCUCUACAUCUGGCCGCACGAAAUGGCCAUCACACAACCGUUCGAGUGCUGCUGGAGACUGACAUGGACGUUAACACACAGACAGAGAAAGGAAGCGCUCUCCAUGAAGCCGCACUCUUUGGAAAGAUGGAUGUAGUUCAGCUACUGCUUGACUCAGGAAUUGAUGCCAAUAUCAGAGAUUACCAAGGAAGAAGUGCUCUAGACGUACUAAGAGAACACCCAUCUCAGAAAUCACACCAAAUCGCUUCUCUCAUUCAAGAUUAUAUGAUGUCGGAUUGUGAAAAAGAGAAUUUUCACGAAGAUUUAGACCAUCAGCGUCCAAUACCAACACCACGCACAUCAAUACCCUCACCUGUGCCCUCCCCGUCUCUACGGCAUAGAAAUGAUGCAGUAACAGGGGAGUUGUCCAAGUUGCUGAAUGAAAUAAAGAUCUGCCGUGAUAAGGAUUGCUCCUUCGAGGAGCUGUGUCAGACCAUCUCUUCUCACUCUCAGUCCAUGGAAAGCUUCAGCAGUGGGCGGCUGUCUGACGAAGAACGCAACGGCACUCUCACUCGAAUAAACAAGCGGCCCUCUCCCCCUUUGCCCCCGGCGAUGGAAGAGGAGGAAAAGAGUUGUGGACCAUCAGGCCUGUGGGAGGCGCUCACUCCCUGCAACGGCUGCAGAAACCUGGGCUUUUCUCAGGACAAGCGAUGUGCUGAAAUUGCUCAUUCUCCAUCACUGGAUGUGUUUUUACCAGAAGAUGAGGACAACCCUUACGAGUCAGUGGCUACAGCUGUCACAUGCAAACCCUGCUCUCUGGACAUCCACCUCCACAACAGCGGCCACUUCUCACAUGUGUCGGUCAGUGAUGCAGAGCAAGGGAACCAUGGUGAUGGCUUUAAAGGCCUGACUCCUGACUGCUCCCCUCCUUCACCUGAUACAGCCCUGAGGAACAUCGAGAGAGUAAUCCGCCCCCAGCCAAAGGAACGGACCUCAUUGUCCUCCUCCCAGGACGUCCAGAAACCCCUCCAGAACCACAGCGGUGAACCUUCAGAGGUCAGUUCAUCACUCGGCUACGCCAGCUUCAGCACCAGCCCCCCCGCCAGCCCCCCCAUCAGCCCCGCCAACUGCUCCAUCGGAUCGGUGGAAGACUACGGCCUCACUGAGGCAGGGCACCAGAAGGAGUGCAUAGAGCAAGACGACAGAAGAAAUAGCCACGUUCCCGAGCAGUUCGCUGGCCUCCUUCACGGCUCGUCUCCUGCCUGCGAAUCCCCUGACAACCCUUACCAGCUCUACAGCAAAGUGCGGAAGUUCAGCGUUCCUGAGCCUCCGCUCCGGCACGGGAAUUUUCUCAGAGCACCCGAGUACUCGCCCCCAUUCCCUCGCACAGGCAGCGAGGCGUCUGCCCUAAAAACCCAGAAAGAAGCCAAACCGCAGAUAGUCUACAGGACGAUUUUUCACACCCAGGUCAACCAGGGCCCAUUUACGCUCACCGAAUUGGGUGACAAGACCACUGGGGUGCAUGUGAGGAACAGGGAGUUCCGGAGCAAAAGCAAGGGCGGCUCCAGCCCAGCAAGCAGCAGUUCCGGCUACGAGGAAAGAGCUUGCACUCUCGGGAGGAUGAGGUCCAUGCCCAAAAACGUUUUGGACCUUCAGUUGUCCAGAAAUUUCUCCAAAUCAGACUCGAACCUGGUGGCUGUGUCUCCCAUCGAGGAGGAGCAGUGGAGUUCCAGGGGGAAGAACAGCCCCAGUAAAAGCAGCCCCAACAGACUAGAGAGAACCCCUUCCUUUACGGCAGAGUGGGAAGAGAUUGACAAGAUUAUGAGCUCCAUAGGUGCUGGAAUUGGCACAGAGUUGGAGGGGGUUACGGAGGAUCACUCAGGCCCCCGCUGCCCCGUCCAGUCCGUAGGACAGUGGCUGGACAACAUCGGUCUUGUGCAGUACGAAAACCACCUGCUGUCUAACGGCUUCGACAACGUUCAGUUUAUGGGUAGUAAUGUCGUGGAGGACCAGGACCUGCUAGAGAUCGGGAUUUUAAACUCUGCCCACAGACAGCGACUUCUUCAGGCUAUUCGCCUGCUGCCCAGGGUUCGGCCCAUUGGUUACGAUGGAAAUAACCCCACCUCAGUGGCCGAAUGGCUGGAGUCUCUGGAGCUGGGAGACUAUACCAAGUCUUUCCUCAUCAACGGUUACACCUCCAUGGAGCUGGUCAAGAAGAUCUGGGAGAUCGAGCUCAUUAAUGUUCUUAAGAUUAAUUUGAUCGGCCACCGGAAAAGAAUACUAGCAUCACUUGGAGAUCGACUGCACGAAGACCCUCCACAGAAACCACCACGGGCCAUCUCUCUAAGGGAGCCCACUGGGAACCACACUCCACCUCAGCUGUCCCCUUCUCUGAAUCAGGCCUAUCCCAACGCCGGCUCCCUGGACGUCCAGCACCUCAUCAUGCAGGCCGACGCCAGACGCAGACGCAACGAUAACUACUUCGAGGAUGUCCCACGCUCCAAACUAGAGAGACAGAUGGCACAAGUCAGUAUGCAAGGGGAAUGGUGCGAGCCAAUCACGUUAAGGCCUCCGAACGAGGCGACGUCAUCUACGCCGGUGCAGUACUGGCAGCACCAUCCUGAGAAGCUCAUAUUCCAGUCAUGUGACUAUGAAGCAUAUUAUCUGGGCUCUAUAUUGGUAAAGGAGUUACGCGGUACAGAGUCCACGCAUGAUGCCUGCGCAAAAAUGAGGAAGUCUACAGAACAGAUGAAGAAGAUUCCCACCAUAGUACUGUCUGUCUCCUAUAAGGGCGUCAAGUUUAUCGAUGCAACUAACAAGAACAUUAUAGCAGAGCAUGAGAUCAGGAAUAUCUCAUGUGCCGCGCAGGACCCUGACGAUCUGUCCACAUUCGCGUACAUCACCAAGGACCUGAAAUCGAGCCAUCAUUACUGCCACGUGUUUACAGCUUUUGAUGUGAAUCUGGCCUACGAGAUUAUCCUGACGUUGGGCCAGGCGUUUGAGGUGGCGUAUCAGUUAGCCCUGCAGGCCAGAAAAAGCGGCCAUGGGUCAUCCACUCUGCCAGAGAGCUUCGACAGCAAACCCUCCAAACCUGUCCCUAAACCCCGUGUCAACAUACGCAAGUCUGUCAUGUCCCCCUCUAGCCGCUGGUCCCUGGGGCAUAUUUUCACCCCGCACCGACCUCCUCUUCAUCCUUCUCCUCUUCCUCCUACCUCACGACUCCUCCAUCAUCCACACAAAGUUCAAUUUCAGAUGGAGCAGCCCUCAAUGGAGCAAAAGGGUCAUGCCAAUGUCCCCUGGAUAGUCGAGCCAGGACAGGAAGCCAAAAGAGGAGCCAACACCAAGGCAAUGGCGGACGCCCAUGUCUAUUACAGUGGAAUUCAGAGAAUGUAGCCUGCCCCUAACAUGGACCUUCACUCUCACAUGCAUUGCAAAAACGGACCACAAAUACGGAUCCUAAAAGCACGUGUAAGGAUUCACACGAGGACUUUUUCACCUGGGACUUGGUGUACACGUACAAGGACUGCCGACGUGGACCCAUGGCCUUUUAACGAAACACUAGCAUGCACUCGCGCACACACACUGCAUAAAAAAAAAAUCAUUAAAAAACAACAACAGGAGGAGACUGGAAUUCGAAUGUACACUUUUCAAGAGGCAGCGAUUCGAGUUGCGUUCUGAAGGAUGGCCGCCGGCACAGAAAUUUGUUGCGCGAGAGACGGACUGGGGAAGGACUGUCGCUAUGGCAACUCAAAUACACUACACGUACUUUUCCCCCCGAUAUCUAGUCCAAAAUACCAUGGCAUGUCUGGGCUGGGAUAAAAACUGACUUUUCUGUAUUUUUUUCUUUUCUGUUUUCUUUGUUUUUUUCUUCCUUUCUUUAUUUCAUUUGUUUGUGGAUAUUGAUCAAAAAUAUGAAUAUGCACAAUGUGAAUGGACUCAUUGCACUGGACAACCACGAAAUGGAUGUGUCUCGUGCCAAAAUCACUAUGGAACCAUUGUUGACGUAAUUGGCAAGGCCACGCAGAUUAAUAUUCAUAUAUUGGCACGACAUUUUACUAUUUAAUAGAGAACUAUAUUACCAUUACUGGAAUAUUUACAAUUAUUAUAAUUAUUAUUCUUAUUGUGCAAUUCCCGUCUGAUGUCGUCUUAACGUAAUAUUAUUUUUAUAUGACGCAUCAAGCUCGAAUAAGCAGCCAUCCGUGAAAACAAAAAAAAAAUAUUAUAUUACUACGGAGGAACUGAAUGUGCGGAUGGCAACAGAUAUCUUAUUUUCACUCAUUGUCACUGUAGAAUUUUGCCACAGUUCUGUAAAUAAAUAUUUUGUUGAUUCAUUGUUCAUAUAUGUAAUUAAAAACAAAAAAACAAAGAAAAAAAACAUGUAUAAAGAAUGAUUAAAAAUAAAUUGGACUGGUAAACAAGGUACCAAAUUUCACAGGUCAAAGUGCAACACAUUAAAAGAAAACAACAGUAUAAACAAGGGGUGGAUUUGUGACAUCAUUGCUAACUGACAUGUGUAGAUAGGCUUGGGCUUCCAGCACACAGAUUUUGUAAGUUUGGUCUUUAUUUAUAUUCUUGCAAAGCACACGGAAUAAAUCCAGAUUGUAGAACCAUU